UAUCAAAUUCUUUGACUUUCGCGAAAUUUCCUUCUUCUCCAGAGAGAGAGAGAGAGAGAGAUUAUGAUGCUUCGUCUCUGUCUCAGAGGAGCUCGUCGCCAUUGCUAUCACCAUUUUCACGACCGUCGUCCUCGCCUCUUAUCUUCCUCCAAAACCCCUAUCGAAUCCCCUCCAAUCAAUCUCCAAAUUUCCCGCCAACUCCCACCACCGUCACCUCCACCGUCCUCCAUUCUUCGCCCCACCACCACCACCACUCCUCCUCCUUCCUCCUCUCUCUCGCGGAAGUACCUUCUCACCUUCUCCGCUACUGGCUUGAUCUCCUCUCUCGCCUUAUACGCCCUCAUCUCCUCCUCCGACGAUGAUCGUGAUUAUAAGACCUCGAAUUCUCUCUACGCCGCCAUCGAACGCGCAAUUCAGAGAUACGGUGACUCUAUCAACAAUGUUUUCCUCCACAUUAAGCAAACCGGUGUUGCCGCUUCGGUCCUCUGGCAGUCCCUUAGGUCGGUGUUGUCAUCGGCCAAUCACGAGGUUCGUUCGGGCUUCGAGCUUAGGGUAGCGUCUCUUCUAGCCGACAUUGUCGCUGCCAAUGAGAGUCGUAGGGCUGCCAUUGUUGGGGCCGGUGGUGGUGGUGCUGUUGUCGAUUGGUUGCUUGAUUCGGUGGCUGUUCAAAGAGAUGGUUCAGGCGGCACUCAGGCCGAGUCGGCUAGAGCACUUGCCUACCUAAUCUCUGAUCCUAAUGUUUCAGCCGCGGUGCUUGGGAGGCCUGGUGCUGUUCCCAAACUACUGAGGUUCAUUUUCUCUUGUCAACCUCAGCGGUCGAAAAAGCAGUCAAGGCGUAGUUCACUUGAUGUUUCUGAUUCUUUGAAAGGCAGGAGCAUGCUUGUGGCUGCCAUUAUGGAUAUUGUCACAUCCAACUGUGAUGGUUUGGAAAACAUUGCGUUUAAGCCAUCACUGCCUGGAAAUGCUGCAACAAGGGAUAUUGCAGCUGCCAUUCAAGUUAUUGAAGAAGGCGGAAUGUUUCUGGAUGAGUCAGUUGAACAUGAAGAUGAUGGAGAUGGCGGAGGGGGAAUUAAAGGGAUAGGCAUUAAAGUUCUUGGGGGUACAACAGUUUUAGGCCUUUCAAGAACAAAUGAGCUUUUGGAGUUGAGGAAUCCCAUUCCUAGACAAUUGGAAUUAGAAAGUACUAUGAAGAGUAUAGUUUUGCAACGUAAGCAUGAGAAUUCCCGUGCUCAAACCAACCUGAAUUCUGCUGUUGUUCCUGGGUUGUGGGAUGAUUUGCAUUGUGAACAUGUUGCCGUUCCUUUUGCUGCAUGGGCACUAGCUAAUUGGGCAAUGGCAUCUGCUGUUAAUAGGUCGCUUAUAGAAGAACUGGAUCAAGAUGGAAAUGCUGUCAUGACUGCUUUAAUGGCACCUGAGAGAUCUGUAAAAUGGCAUGGGAGUUUGGUUGCUCGGUUACUCUUAGUGGAUCAUAAUCUACCCCUAAAUGAUUAUGUUUCUGAUUGGAGUUCCACUCUGCUUUCUACGGUUCAUCAGGCAAGUAAAAACGAGGACAUACCUCUGGCUCGGUUGGCUUUAUCAGCAUUCUUGGUUUCUAUUGAAAGAAGCCGAAGAGCACAGAAAUUAGUGAUGGAGAAGGGUCUUCAUUUAAUGAGAGACACUGCUAAAAGGACAACAAGGAAUAAAAAUGUGCAAGAAGCAUUGGCUAAAGCAUUGGAAUUGUUAUGUGCUGAGGACCUGCAUUUUUCUCUUCAAGAGAGCCAAAAGUGGUCCGGCAUAUUGCUUUCAUGGGUUUUUGAGAAAAGUUCCUCUGAUACUUUACGUUCUUCAGCAAUAAAAAUUCUUUCAUGCAUUCUUGAAGACCAUGGACCACAUUCUAUACCAAUGUCCCAAGGUUGGUUGGCUAUUCUGCUUUCUGAAGUUCUGGCUACUAGUAAGGCGGCAUCAAUCAAAGCAAAUGUUCAGCCUAAGAAUGACAAAGUGAAGACGCAAAUUGAUCAGUCGAACAUUGUUUCUGCUGCACAAGCUGUAAACCAAUUAGCAGGCGCUGUUGUAAAUAUAGCAGGGAAUCAGUUGGGAACAACCACUGAUUCCGUAGACGCAUUUCCACUAGCAGAUCUCUUUUCUAUGGAACCUCUUGUGGGGCCAUCUAAAAAUUUAAAGAAAGACAGUGUCCCUAAGUUUGAUGUGGCAGAUUCUGCUGUGGCAACCCUAAAGGGGAUCAAAGCACUGGCUGAUCUUUGCUCUGAUGACUUAUCUUGUCAGGAAAAAAUAACUGAUUAUGGGGUCUUAUGUCUGUUGAAACGCCUUUUGUUAUCUGAUGACUACGAGAAACUGGCUGCUAUAACAGCAUACGAUGCUUCCAAGAUCCAUGAGGCACAGGACCGAGAUGCAAAUGUCCCUAGUAAGUCAUCUGUAUCAGGUAAUAAUGAUCCAUCUAGUGUUCGAGUUCCACCUACAGCUCACAUUCGAAGGCAUGGAGCUAGGCUGUUGACUAUCCUUUCACUUCUUCCAAAGGUCCAAAAAAUCAUCAUAGCAGAUGAAGCUUGGUGUACAUGGCUUGAAAGUUGUGCAAAUGGGAAGAUUCCAGGCUGCAGUGAUCUUAAAAUACAAAGUUAUGCUAGGGCAACACUAUUAAAUAUAUUUUGUGACGAAGAAAUUGACGAAGAGUCUGCAAAUGGUGAUAUCUCCAAAUCGGGCACUGCAAAAAGAAGAAAAUCCUGUCCUCGUUAUGAUGACAUAAUUUAUUUAAUCAAUCCUGAAUUACCCCAUUGGAAGUGUCCUGAAAACAUUGAUAAAGACGAAUUUCAAAAGGAUUCAUCUUCUUCUGAGACUAUUGCUAUUGACCACAAUGAUAAAUCUGUUACUAAAUCUUCAACUGAUGAUGACUUGUCUAGUUCAGAUGCACAUGUUAAUAGAUUAGGAUCAGUAGAGACACCUCUUCUUGAUGUUGUUUUUAUCCAUGGACUCCGUGGUGGUCCUUACAAGACAUGGCGCAUAUCCGAGGACAAGUCAUCAACCAAGUCUGGCUUAGUAGAAAAGAUUGAUCAGGAAGCAGGAAAGCUAGGCACAUUCUGGCCAGGUGAAUGGCUCUCAGCUGAUUUCCGUGAAGCUCGCAUGUUCACACUUAAAUACAAGACAAAUCUCACACAAUGGUCUGGAGCUAGCCUGCCUCUUCAGGAAGUCAGUUCCAUGCUGUUAGAGAAACUUGUUGCUGCAGGAAUUGGUGAUCGACCUGUUGUUUUUGUGACUCACAGCAUGGGAGGCCUAGUUGUCAAGCAAAUGCUUUAUAAAGCAAAGACAGAGAAUUUUGAUAACCUUGUUAAAAACACCGUUGGAGUUGUAUUCUACAGCUGCCCACACUUUGGAAGCAGGCUAGCAGAUAUGCCUUGGAGAAUGGGCCUGGUUUUGCGCCCUGCACCAAGUAUAGGGGAGCUAAGAAGUGGAUCUGCAAAAUUAGUAGAGCUUAACGACUUUACUCGCCAUCUUCACAAGAAGGGGCUGCUUGAAGUUCUCAGCUUCUGUGAGACCAAAGUUACACCAAUUGUUGAAGGCUACGGAGGAUGGGCCUUUCGUAUGGAAAUAGUACCAAUUGAAUCAGCAUAUCCUGGAUUUGGCGAACUAGUUGUGUUGGAGUCGACUGAUCAUAUAAAUUCUUGUAAACCAGUCAACCGUUUGGAUCCCUCGUACACAGAAACAUUAGAGUUCUUGAGGAAGCUGAAAGCCCGCUACUCGUGAAUUCAUCGGUUGGAUUAGACUUGUGACACCAAAACUAGACAAAGGAUCUUGAUUCACACAGACAUGAACUAAUAAUGUUAAUAUGCUAUGUCGGUUCGCCAUGUAGAAUCGGAAGAUGGGCUCAAAAUCCUCAUUAUUUAAAACCAGAAAGAAAAAAAUGGUAGUUAGAAGUGCCUCAAGAUUAGUAACCUGGCUGAUGAAGCUAGGCAACAUUUUUUUUAUUAUUAUUAUUUUCAUUUUAUUUUUAGGUCCUCUCAUAAUUCUUUUGCUCAAGUUGUACAUGUUUACGAAUAUUCAAACACCAUUAAUGUCGUUGUAUUCCUUGUAGAUAAAGCUUGACUACAGCGGGUUUAAAGAGAUUUGUGUAUAACCCAAAGAAAUACAUGACUCAAAAGAAAGAAAAUAGAAAGAAUUACCAUGAUUUAUAGCUGAGAA